CUGCGGCAAUUGCUGAAGCUUGUCGUUGGAGUCCUUGGUGUGCUGUGCUGAACAAUUUGUCUGUCUUCGAUAAAAAAAAACUCACUAGAAUGGCUGCGAUUAGUCUGCUAAACCCGAAAGCCGAGUUCGCUCGAGCUGCUCAGGCGCUGGCCAUCAACAUCUCUGCGGCCAAGGGCAUCCAGGACGUGAUGAAAACCAACCUGGGCCCGAAAGGAACACUGAAGAUGCUCGUGUCAGGCGCCGGAGACAUCAAAAUCACCAAGGACGGAAAUGUUCUUCUGCACGAAAUGCAAAUCCAACACCCGACAGCUUCGCUCAUUGCCAGGGCGUCGACGGCCCAGGAUGACAUGACCGGCGAUGGCACUACUUCCACUGUGCUUGUCAUUGGAGAGCUGCUCAAGCAGGCUGACGUUUUUAUCUCGGAAGGUCUGCACCCUCGCAUCAUUGCCGAAGGGUUCGACCAGGCCCGCAAGAAGGCCAUCGAGAUUUUAGACAGCAUCAAAAUUCCUGUCGAAAUCACCAAGGAAGGCCUCUCAGGAGUCUCAAGAACCGCCCUCAGAACCAAACUCCACUCGAGCCUGGCAGAUCAGCUUAGCGAAGUUUGCGUUGACGGGGUUUUGAGUAUCUACAGCAAAGACCGCCCUCUCGACCUUCACAUGGUUGAAAUCAUGGAGAUGCAGCACAAAACCGAGUUGGACACAAAGUUGGUCAGGGGAAUUGUGAUGGACCACGGUGCAAGGCACCCAGACAUGCCCAAGCGAGUCACCGAAGCCUUUAUUCUCACUUGCAAUGUGUCUAUGGAGUACGAAAAGAGUGAGGUUGCCUCUGGAUUCUUUUACAAGAGUGCCGAAGAGCGAGAGAAGUUGCUCAGGGCCGAACGUGACUUCAUCGAGAAGAGGGUUCAGAAGGUCAUUGAACUUAAGAGGGCGGUUUGUUCUGGCAACAAGAAGGGAUUCGUUGUCAUCAAUCAAAAGGGAAUCGAUCCCUUCUCUCUGGACGCCCUGGCCAAAGAAGGCAUUUUGGCUCUGCGAAGAGCUAAGAGACGCAACAUGGAGCGUCUGACGCUUGCCUGCGGUGGGGUCGCAUUGAACAGCUUCGACGAGAUGCUCCCCGAACAUUUGGGAUAUGCUGGCCUUGUCUACGAACAUGUUCUGGGAGAAGAUAAGUUUACAUUCGUUGAGGAGUGCAAGAAUCCUCAGAGUGUGACCAUUCUCAUGAAGGGCCCCAACAAGCACUCGCUUGUGCAGAUGAAGGACGCCGUCAGAGAUGGUCUUCGAGCCAUCAAGAACACCAUUGAUGACGGAUGUCUUGUUCCUGGUGCCGGUGCUUUUGAAGUCACAGCCAACAAAGAGUUAUUGGCUUUCAAAGACACAGUUUCAGGAAAAACUAAGCUCGGAAUUCAAGCUUACGCUGAAGCCCUUCUUAUCAUUCCUAAAAUUCUCGCACAAAAUGCUGGUUUCGAUACUCAGGACAGUCUUGUGAAACUGCUGGAAGAGUCUAAGAACACCGGUUUGCCAGUUGGCUUGGAUUUGACAACUGGUGAAACUAUGGUGCCUGCAGAUGCUGGAAUCUUUGACAACUAUAUCGUGAAAAAGCAAAUAAUCAACUCUUGCACUGUGAUUGCAAGCAACUUGCUGCUGGUCGAUGAAAUCAUGAGGGCCGGCAUGUCAUCACUCAAGGGCUAGAAAAUCUCCACCAACUAAUACCUGAUUUUGCCUUCAGCUAAUUUGUUGCUAUUUAACUUUAUUUUCAUUCACAAACGUAUUUUCCCGUCACAACGUUCUCAUUUUGCUUUAAAAUAAAAUAACUCAAAAAUUUAAUAAG